GCGUCAUCCGCGCUGCGUCCCCGUAGCACGCGACGGCGCUUUUCCGCGCGAGUGAUCCGGCCAAUUCCUCUCGCCUGCCCACCAGAGAGUUCAACGUUCAUCGUCCGCAGGAGGAUCUCGUGCUUCCCCCCUCUACCCCCCUGCCCCCUUCUCUGCCGCUCUUGUGUUGUUGUACCUGUUCGCGUGGUCCCGCCGAGGGUGUUGCACGACGUUGGAUGGUAGACGUUCAUUCGGAGAAGGACAACAAAGUGCUGAUAAACAUGGAUCGCUUAUUGGAGGACCCACGGGCUUCAUCAAAAUUUGGUUGAGACUUUCAUUUGCAACAUGGGAACUUAAAAAGACUUUGUUGUUGAGUUCCCAAUAUUUGCCUUAGUGCUAGUGUCCAACAAAGAGGAUUAGAGACUGCUUGGUUCAACGGUGAAAUAUUUGUGCUGUAAUGCCAGAACGAAUCAAACUCAAAAUGAAUGGGGUUGUACCGAGUGUGCCAAUAACUACCCUCGCUGGUAUCGCGAGUCUCACAGACUUGUUACCUGAAAUGCCCCUACCAACUCCGCUGCCGCAGACUCUGACAAAUAAAUCGCUGCUGUUUCAUCCACGAGUAGCGGAAGAAGCCAAGAUAUUGCUGAGCCUUCGCGAUGAGAAUCUCGUACCGCAGUUGAUAAUGUCACUGUCGCAGACAUCGUCGGAACACAUUGAACUCAAGGAUAAUUACCCGAACACCGAGCAAUCGCUGGAUAACGAGCAAAACACGCCCGAAUUGCUCAAGGCGAUCUUGCAGAUAAACCCUGACGUAUUCAGAGGAACCCAGCACAAUUCUCCGAGGAACUGGCCGCAAGGUGCGCCUAUGCUGCACGCGAAUCAAUCGCCGGCGAGCUACGGUCGUUUCUCGCCGCCUUAUUCGAGCUCCUCGGGCUCCAGGCAAACGCCCCAAGGUAGUCCGGCUCAAACCGCUGCAGCCAGGUCCGUACUUCCGCCGAUGGUGGCCAGUGGUAUUGCUCACACGCAACAUCCGCGGAUGCCAAUCACUCCGCAGAAUCACGCAGACAUUUCGCAGAUGUCCCCUUUCGCCGUGCCUUCUCCGUCGCCCAGAGGUAACGUUAUGACCGAACAAACGAGAACGUUGACGACACCCCAGCAUAUGCAGGAGGACACGAACUGUAUGAAUCCCCUAUCGAACGUAGCCCUUCAACCAAACAUGUACUCGCCGGCUCAUAUGAGCUCGCCAAAUGCAUCGCUGGCAUCUCUCACCAAUAUGACACCUCAGCACAACAUGGCUGGUAUGACGCCACAACAGAAUAUGCACAUGACAUCCCCGAUACGCAAUGUGCCUCUGCAACAACAUCCGGCCAUGGGUAUGCAGCAGAACCUUUAUGAUUCCAUGAUGAAUCAGCAAGUUCAUCACGCGUUAGGCAGCGGUCAAUCGUUAGAUAUCGAUAAUGCAGUACAGGAGAAUCAGCAAUUCCUUCUCGAUCCGGUAGCUGGUCUCUCCGAUAUCGAUCUGCCGAUGGAGAACAUUGACACGAAGCAAAGCGUCGAUCAUGCGAUACAACAGUUAUUACCGACUCCUCAGACAACAUCCUAUCCGAAUAUACAUGCCACCGACAUGGUUAAUGUUUUAGAUCCGGCUGCGGCUAGCAUAGCGCCCAAUGUACAACAUCAACAGAACAAUAAUUCGGAGAAAAGUAUGAAAUUGGCUGGAACAGAAAAGAUGAAAGAGCCCAUUGUUAUGUUGAACAGAUUAUCGUUGGCUGACCAGGCACUUAUGCAGAAGAGUUUGGCGGCGUUUGCAGAGAAAUCGCCGAGUCGCGCGGCGAAAAUGGGCAUUUCCAAUCGUGACGACGCGUUGAAAACCGAUUCCGAGAGCGAGGAGGAGAUCGGCAAGAAUAACAAGUAUUUUAAAGCUCGCGCGAAAGAGCGGCAAGUGCAACGAGAGAAAGAGAAAGCGGAGCGGCGGAAAAGCGAGGACAAAGGUCGCAGGCGAAAAAGGAUAAUGACGGAGGACGACGAAGAGGAUGAUGAUAAACGAGAUGCAUCGUACUCGCCUACGAAACCGAAAAUACGUAAGAUUGAAAAGAAAUUAGUGCCUGUAUUAGCCAAACUGAGCGUGGAGGAAUUAAUGGAGACCAAUACGUAUCAACGAUUUAAUUCUACCAUAGAGACGAUUUUCGAGAAUACUGAGGAUGCUUUGGCGAGUGCCGAUCUGGAAGACGACGGUGAAGUGCUUGCGGAGGUGCUUAUUCCCAAGUAUCAGUUACAUGAUCUUUGUACGGAAGCAGCCAAACUCAAAACGUUGGGCGCCAUGGAAUCGAUACCUACGGAUAAAUUGGUGAGGCUGUUGAACAUCUUGGAAAAGAACAUACGAGACGGCGCGAGGGUGUCGCCGCUCGUGGAUCCGAAUGAUGACGUGGAGGAAGGGCGUUUAUGGAUGCACUUGGCGAUGGAACGGGUACAGCGCGCCGUGGAUUCGUCGUUGGUCGCGCUGCACAUUAUGACCUCUAGCAAUAUGCCGAAGACGGUUUAUCUGGAGGAUGUGAUUGAUCGAAUAGUCCUUUUCAUGAAGUUUCAGCUGCAGAACACGAUCUAUCCUUCUUUCGAUCCCGUAUAUAAGAUAGAUACAAAGAAUAAGACUGACAAUUUUAAUUCUAGCGGACGCAAAAAGCGAGGACAUAUGAAGGAAGUGCGCGAGAAGAGUAUUCUGCAGGUUUACAAUAAGAUGCACGAGCUGGUAGGUCUGUUGGCUGAACUAUUGAACAUACAGGUUCUGACGGACACAAGUGUUCUGCAUGCAUCGUCAUUGGGUGUUGCACCGUUUUUCGUCGAAUCGGUGAGUGAUCUUCAAUUGAGUGCAUUGAAGCUCGUCACUGUAAUAUUUACAAAGUACGAGAAGCAUAGAAGACUACUACUGGACGACAUCUUGGCGUCAAUUGCGAGACUACCCAGCAGCAAAAGGAGUUUACGCACGUAUAGGCUCAAUUCUGAAGAUUAUAUACAGAUGUUAACCGCAUUGGUCCUACAACUUAUUCAGUGCGUAGUAGUUCUGUCGGACUCGAAGAAGGAAGACGACGAGAAGAAGUCGAGUCACGUAGAUGCUGACGUCUUCAUUAUCAAUAGAUACGAGACCGCCACCAGAAUCGCCGGAAAUUUUUUAACGGUAUUUCUCAACAAAUGCGGUAACAAGGGCGAAGAGAUUGAUUUCAGACCAUUGUUUGAGAAUUUCGUACAGGACUUAUUGGCGACGGUGAAUAAACCCGAGUGGCCCGCUGCUGAAUUGUUAUUAAGUGUUCUCGGUAAUCUGUUGGUAGGACAUUUUUCUAAUAAGAGCUCUGAUAUGUCGCUUCGAGUAGCUUCUAUCGAUUAUCUCGGCGUGGUAGCGGCCAGAUUGCGCAAAGAUGCAGUCAAUUCGCAGUGCAAAUUGUCGACCAUCGACCAAAUUAUACGAGAUAUCAAGCUCGAGCAGCAAAAGGACUCGGACUACGAUCAUAUAAAGGAUAAGGAGAUUGCAGGACUAAACGAGGAUGAAGAAAGGACUGUGUUUCUGCAGAAAGUACUUCUGGAUUAUCUAGCCGUCAACGGGACGAAGGAUCCGGCUCUCGGAUAUGCGCGUCACUUUUAUCUGGCCCAAUGGUAUCGAGAUUGCGCGAUGGAGAAGUCCCGGGUGGGCCAGUCGAAAAACAGUCCGAGCAAGAAGAUACACAAGAAACGGUCGAAGAAGAAAAAUCGGCACCACAGCAGCGAUCAAGAUACCGAAUCCGAGUUGGACGAGCAAGACCCAGACGAAAACGAUAAUAACGAGCAGAAGAAUUCGGAAGCUUACAGAAUUAUAGAGGAGAAGAAGAAGUAUAUUGUCAGUAGAAUAAGGCCUUGCAGCACAGGAACGAAACCGGACAUCCUUCAGACAUAUAUUGAUUACAACUCCGCGGAACUGAUCUCGCAGUAUCUCGCGUCCAAGAGACCGUUCUCACAGAGUUUUGAUAAAUAUUUGAAGCAGAUUCUCCAUGUUUUGACAGAAUCGUCAAUUGCCAUUAGAACGAAGGCAAUGAAGUGUUUAACGAUGAUCGUCGAGGCCGAUCCGAGCGUGCUGGCGAGGGUGGACAUGCAGCUGGGUGUGAAGCAUUCGUUUCUCGAUCACUCAACGUCAGUACGGGAGGCAGCGGUUGACUUGGUAGGAAAAUUUGUUUUAAGUAGACCUGAACUGAUAGACAAAUAUUAUGACAUGUUGUCUGCGAGAAUUCUAGAUACCGGUGUGAGUGUCCGAAAACGCGUAAUCAAAAUUCUCAAGGAUAUCUGCAUGGAGUGUCCAGACUUUCCCAAAAUCCCGGAAAUAUGCGUGAAAAUGAUAAGGAGGGUGAAUGACGAAGAAGGUAUUCGGAAGCUCGUCAUGGAGGUUUUCCAAAACAUGUGGUUUACCCCAGUAAGGGAGCGUCCCACUCUUGACUCAGAAUCUCUGUUGAGAAAAGUGAUGAACAUCACGGACGUUGUAGCGGCCAGCAAGGAUAUGGGAUUCGAGUGGUUUGAGCAACUCUUGGUAAGUUUGUUCAAGCCGAAGGAGGACAAGGAUGACAGCACAAAAAUGCAGACGGAGCCGCCGCGGGCUUUGCUGACAGCGUGCAAGCAAAUCGUGGACUGCUUGAUUGAGAACGUAUUACGGCUUGAGGAAACAAAUCUAGACUCGGAGAAAUCAGAAAAGAAAGGCUCGUCGCAGAGAUUGGUCGCGUGCCUGACAACGCUCUAUCUAUUCGCGAAGAUACGACCACGACUGUUGGUCAAUCACGCGAUCACUCUACAGCCUUAUCUGAGUUUGAAAUGUCAGACACAGGGCGAUUAUCAGAUCAUCAGUAGCGUCGCGCACACACUCGAAUUAGUGGUGCCUCUAAUGGAACAUCCCAGCGAGACUUUUUUAGCACAGUUGGAAGAAGACUCGGUGAAGCUGAUCUUGCAACAUGACAGAUCGGUGGUUGCAAGCUGUCUAUCGUGUCUGGGCUCUGUAGUCAAUAACGUCACACGAAACUACAAACUGAUACGAGACUGCUUCAAGAAAUACUACGGACAUUUGACGGAGUACAAAUCAUUUUACGAGAAGGAUCCGACGAAUCCUAUGUUAAUAAGGUGCAGACCGUUUUUCCGACGAGCGCUUUUCACGGUCGGCUUAUUGCUACGUCAUUUUAACUUCAUGGAUCCAGAGGUGAUAGAGGGCCUAGCGGAUAACAUCAAGGAUCAAGUCUUCGAGACACUCAGCUAUUUCGUUCAUUUAAAUAACGACGAUAUCCGACACUUCACACUAUCGGCCAUAGGUUCUCUUUGCAUACGACAUUAUGAGUUUAUGAUGUUACCGGAGCUGAAAGAACUCUACCAUCAUUUGCUCACAUCGGAGUACGCAUUGGUCCAUAUGAGAAUUCAAGUGCUUAACAACAUCGAGGUAUAUCUGCAAGAAGAGGAGAAGAGGAUGAUUAAGCAGGAUUUGGAAUGGGCCAAGCUGUCAAAGCAGGAGAACUUGAAGGAGAUGGGUGACGUGUCGUCAGGGAUGGCGAGCACUGUUAUUCAGCUGUAUAUCAAAGAGAUCCUUGAGUCCUUCUUGCACGUCAACGUAAGCGUGCGGCAUGCGGCUCUCAAAGUUAUUCAGUUGAUCCUGGCGCAGGGUCUGGUACAUCCCGUCCAGAUAGUGCCCUAUCUGAUCUGUAUGAGCACCGACUGCGAGAAAGCCGUGAGCCACAGCGCGGAUAAGCAGUUACAGGAUAUCGAAAAGAAAUAUCCGGGCUUCAUUCACAUGAAGUCGCAAUUUGGCAUCAAGUUGAGCUACCGGUUGCAGAAAAUCCUGCAGAACGACAUCACGGUGAGAGGUAUGCGAACGAAGGAGAGUGAGUUUCCGAGCGCGCUCAACGGUUUCCUCUAUACGAUCCUGCGCAAUACGAAACAGCAGAGGCGGGCGAUCGUAUUGUCUUUUCUCAAGCACUUCGACGAGGCUGCCAAAACCAGUCUGUCGCAGAUGCUAUACCUGGCGGACAAUCUCGCCUACUUUACAUAUCAAGUACAGGAUGAACCGCUCUUCAUCAUCCAUCACAUUGACAUUAUCAUUUCUAUGUCCGGAACGAAUUUACUACAGUCUUUUAAAGAGGCUUUGCUGCCUAAAGAGAGCAGCGCGGGGCAAUCUGGGCAUUCUAGGCAUAUGAUGGGACAGCCGACAGCACAGCAGAUAGGACAGCUGAUGGGACAGCCAAUGGAACAGCCGAUGGGUCAGCCAAUGGGUCAACCCAUGGGGCAGCCGAUGAGUCAACCAAUGGGGCAGCCAGCGGGACAAACGACGAUGAUAGGACCGGAUGGUCAACCAAAAUCUGAUCAAUUGUUGUCAGCACUGGAGGAUGAAGAAGAUGAUGAGGAGGACGAAGAAGUUCUUCUAGCCAGGUUGCCAGGCGAUACCACCUUGCUCAGGGAGUAUAUUACCGCCAGUCAAGGCUUUUUGCUGCUAUUAACACUUCGGCAGCAUCUCAAAAACCUUUAUGGUUUUUCUGACGCAAAGAUCGGUCAAUAUUCGCCGUCGGAAGCAGCCAAGGUCUACGAGAAGGCGGUAAAUCGUAAGAAUAAUUUGCUUUUCGAGCCCAAGGCUACGUUGCAGAGGCUGCGGGAUGGCGUGACCAUCAACGAGGAGCUGGACGAAAACGGCAGAAAGAAGCUUGUGAAAGAGUAUCUGGACUUCAAGCAGCUGAUGCUGAAAUUUGAUCCUGAGGAACCAGACGACGAUGGUGGCAACGAUGCUGCCGACACCAGCGGUGGUGGCAAGCACAGUGCGGAGAAUCCGCAAGCGGCAAGGAUACCGCCGCGUUCCGAGGCUGACGGUAGGACGAUAGCCGACGGUGCGGUCGCGGGAGAUGCUGCCGCUCUUAUCAUCACGGCUGGCCAGCAGCAGUUCCAGUUACCGCCACAAUCGAAUCUGACCGCUCCGAUGGAGCAUCCGAACAAUUCAGUACACUCGCUGCCGAUUAUGGCGGCAGCAACGGCGACAACGACGGUCGCUGGGACGCCGACGACGACGCCGCGGGUGCCGAAGCUGACGAUACACACCCAUCCGGACUCGAGGGAGUCGCACCGGAAGCACCGCACGCACAAGACGGACAAGUCAGUGAGGAAGCACAAGAAGAAGAAGAGGAGAAGAAUCUCCGACAGCAGCGAAAGCGGCGAGGACUACAGUGACCCUGACUUCCUAGUGUGAGUGCGGUGGUAUAUUUCGUCCUGUGUGUAUAUACAAAUGUUCGCGAUAGUAUGCACGUGUGAUCGGUCGGCUGGAAUAACUCUCGUUUCGCGUAACCAAAACUCGGACGCUAUUAUAGCGCGACUGUCCCUUUCACUCAAGACAAUUCUCUCCCCCAAAUCGUUGAAGUUGUGCUACGACUUUGAAGACGGUUCCGGUACAAGAUACCGUUCCGUCAGAAAAUUGCAUAGAGACUAUAACUAUGUGGGAAUGCAUGUGAGCGAGAGAAAGAGAUCUUCAAUAGGAAUGGUAGCAAGAGAUUUUUAAGUGCGAUCGAACGUUGAGGUAGGAUUAGCGUGUUGUUGACCGAAACGGCGGGCGUCUGUGAGGUUUAUCGAUCCGUCAUGUCGUUGGUAGCGAGAUCGGCUCGUUAAAUAUUUCGUGCGACCGGCUCGGGAACGUGGUUCGUUCAAAUUUCCUUUCCCAGCGAAAGUACGCCGUCAAUACGAUCAUUUUCGACGAGCGAAAACUUCUGGCGAUUGCUUAACUCUAUCGAAAUGCCGCAAAAGGCGAGAAUCGUUGGGAGUCACAAGAAAUCCGAGAAAAUACUACGAACCAAGUUCUCCGAGAGAAUCCAAGUACAAUAAAUUACAUUCGAACAAAAUUCACUUGUAAAUAAUGUCAUAUUAAUAAUUGAUCAAUUUUUUUUUAUGGAUGAAAUUAAUACGAAAAGGAAAAGGCUACAAAAACUAUGUGCAGUUUGAACACUAUCAGUUUAAUUCGUCGUUGUUUCCUCUUCUUUUAUGUUCAGACUGUAUUUGAGUAAAGUAAGCGCUGCUUGUUUCGAUAAUGCUAACUAAUUAAAAUUUAGAUACAUUUAUUCCGAGGAUUUAUAAAUGUAUAUCUUAAAUUUCCUGCGUUUGUUUCAAAAUUUAAUGAAAUGAUACAAGGAAUAUUUCCGUGAUGAUUACUAUAACAUUCAUAUUAAUGUUUGCAAUAAUAUUUCAAACUUCGUGUAAAGAAGUAAUGAAAUAAAUUCCCGCAUUAGGACAUUUGAUAAUACAAUAAUAAAUUGUAUUUAUGGUCCAAUAAUAAAUAAUCUAAUUGAUUAUAGUAGAAUAAAGAAUUGAUCAUUACAAAAUUUGUUUGAGCUGUUUCAAUCUCAAUAUUUAUUUAGUAAU